AUGGAUAAACCCCCCAAUAAAAUAGAUGUUACUAUUAAGGCCAUCCAGUAUGACAAUACCGACCUAUCUUCCGCUAUCGCCUUUGAACGCUCCCUCUCCUUCCUCGAAGCUUGCAAGUUCUACCCCGCCGCUAUCCUCUGGUCCGCCUUCGUCUCCAUCGGUCCCAUUUGCUUCGUCAUCCUCUCCGAAGCCAGCGCGACCAGGGUGCGAUCGAAGAGCAUCGCCCCUCGCGACUGCCGCCCAGGGCGCGCUCGGGGGAAAUUGGGCUUCUUCUUUGGGGGACUGGCUGCAUUGUGCUUGGUUUGGUCGUAUCUGAGAGUGCCCGAGACGAACGGCAGGACGUAUGAGGAGUUGGAUAUUUUGUUCGAUAGGAAGGUUGGAGUAAGGCAGUUUGAGGGGUACGGUAUUGACAGCGAGGGUGUUGACUGA